AUGUCUGGCACAGCGAGUUUAGUACACAACUUGCCAGCUAGCGGAGAUUCCAAUCAUCGAGGGCUGCAUAGCUGUAAGUUGUUUCUGAUUGUUCUCAAAUUCCAUUGCAUUCUUUUGUUUCUAGUGAAAAAUUCGCGUCGUGUCGCUGACAAUGAGCCGCUUCUUCGUUUCCGAGAAGCCAAAAAAGUUUUAGGAGAUGUUUAUGGAGAAUUGAAAGAUAACGUUGCUGAACUGGAAGGUGUUUACAAAGAGAUCAAAGAAAAUGACUUCGUGAGUGCUGAGCAGCGAGAAGAAAUCGAAGCGAUCCGUGAUUCAAUUAAAACUAUAAUGGACACAUUUCAAAGAGAUAACAUGAAAGUUGUAUUUUUCGGAAGGACCAGCAAUGGAAAGAGUACCACAAUCAAUGCGAUGCUUCAUGAAAAAGUUCUGCCUCAAGGAAUGGGACACACAACGUGUUGUUUUCUUCAGGUGGAAGGAUCAGAAGACGAAGUUGGACACCUUCAACUAGAUGACAACCCGCAGAAAAUUGACAUGAAAAUGCUUGGAAAAAUUGGACACGCACUCAGUGACGAAAAUUCGGAUCUUCCAGCAAUGGGUCAAGAUUCUCUCCUUCGAGUAUUCCAUCCGAAACAAACAGAAAGCGGGGAAUGCAGACUUCUUCAAAACGAUGUUGUCAUACUGGACAGUCCAGGUGUGGAUCUUUCACCAGAAUUCGAUAGCUGGAUUGAUAAACAUUGCCUCGACGCAGACGUCUUUGUUCUUGUGUCCAAUGCAGAAUCGACACUGACACAAGCCGAAAAGAAUUUCUUCCUUCGUGUUGCCAAAAAAUUGAGCAAACCGAAUGUGUUUAUUCUAAACAACAGAUGGGAUGCCAGUGCUGCUGAAACGGAAAACAUUGAAGACGUCAAGAAACAACAUUUAACAAGAUUCCGUCAGUUUUUAGUGGAUGAGCUGGAGGUGUGUUCAGAAAGAGAAGUGAACGAUCGAAUUUUCUUCGUUUCUUCAAGGGAAGUGUUGGAAUCAAGACUCAAAGCAAGAGGUCUCGUGCAGAAGGCAUACCAAGCAGAAGGACAUGGAACAAGAGCACUUGAAUUCCAGAAUUUCGAACGGCAUUUCGAGCAAUGUAUUUCUCGUUCGGCUAUUCACACCAAAUUCGAAGCGCACAAUAGAAGAGCUCAUGAGAUGAUCGGCAAGAUGCGUCUCAAUUUAAAUAGUGUUCUGACAUCAGCCGCAGAGCAACGGAGUAAACUACAAAACGAGCUUAAUGAAGCAACCAGAACUUUCAAUGAAUGCCGUGUUAACUUCACUCAAUUUGAAAAGGCGUACCGUGAGCAAACUGAGCAACUCCGCGCUGAAGUUCAUCUAAAAGUGUCGGCGGAUUUCUUUGAAGAAAUUUCCCGACUCGAUGCUAUCAUCGACCGAUUUGAUCAACCCUUUGAUGGAAGUUCUUCGGGAAUGGCAAAAUACAAACAGGAUCUCGCAAUUUUCGUCGACAAGUGCCUCAGUUCGGAUUUAGAAGCCAGAUGUACUGGUGGAUUGAUGUCUCGCAUCUGGAAUCUAGAAAACGACAUGUUCCGUAAGUUUCAGACCAAGAUAAAUUUCAUUUUAACACCUUUAAAAUUUUCAGAAUAUGUUACGAAAAUUCUCGCAGAACCUUAUCAAAACAAACUGGAAGAAGUGUGGAGGUACCGUGCCCCAUUCAAGUUUAGUAUUUGCGUUGAUGUUCCUGCUCUUGUAAACGACUUCCAUGAAGAUCUAGAAUUCCGUUUCACAUUCGGUCUCCAUGCUAUGAUUCGGCGGAUAAUCGCCUACCGCAGUGGACAGCCAGUCACCGCUAUCAACACGAACCUCUUGACACCAUUGUCUUUGAAAGCACAAGCUGAGAAGAAUGUAGUGAGAGAUGCUGAUGCAUCUGCUGCUGCCGAGGAACAAGCAAUGAUGACACAGAUGGUUUUGACAUCGGCUGCAUUUUUGGCGAAUGGAAGUCUCGGAGUAUUAGUGAUCGGAGGAAUCGUAUAUAAGGCUGUCGGCUGGAGAGUUAUUGCCGUUGGAGGAGCCGCCUAUGCUGGACUUUAUGCUUGGGAACGAAUGCGUUGGAAUUCCAGCGCUAAAGAGCAACAUUUGAAAGAGCAGUUCCGAUCUCAUCUUGCGGCUCGUAUGCAGCAAGUCUCCACAGCUCACACCCACCAUUGUGAAACUCAGGCUAUCAGAGAAAUGGACCAAGUGUUUGACGGUUUGAAAUCAACAGUUGGUGGUGUCCAUCGUGAGAUGAAAAACGAUCUGGACACACAGAAGACUCAAAUCGACGCUGUUGAUUCAACAAUUCGUACAUUAGGAACUAUCAAAGGAAAAGCUGUCUUCUUGCUCCGUAAUCUAGAGCAGUUUGCAUCUUCGUAUCUUCGAUCCGACUCACCUUCGUCGCCAUAA